CAUUCCAUUUCCUCUAUAAUAUCUCUCUCUCUCUCUCAUUCUCUCUCUCACUGAUUGAUUUUGAUCUCUCUGCAAAUUUUUCAAACCAAGUUUUUUGCUGUGAUAUUAUUAUUAUUUUUGUUUAAUAGAAGAAGAAGAGCAAAAUGGCUGGGAUUUGUUGUGGUGUUGUUGGAGAGACUGAACCAGCGGCACCUGUUGUUGAUUCAACUACUCGUGCUUCUUUAAGACGGAGGUUAGAUCUACUCCCUUCGAUCAAGAUUGUUGCUGACUCCGCCGUCGCUCCUCCUCUCGAAAGUUCCCGUAAACGUCAGAGACGCGAGACGACAGUGUUACAUGCUCCUCCGCGAACUCUAGAUCUGGAAACUAAUGUGAGAAGCAACAAGAAGAUUACUACUACAAAUUCGAAUUCCGUUACGGAAGUAGUAGCAGAGAGUUGUUUCUUCUCCGAUGUGCCUAAGAUCGGUACGACGUCGGUUUGUGGUAGGAGGAGAGAUAUGGAAGAUGCUGUUUCGAUUCAUCCUUCGUUUCUUCAACGCAACUCUGAGAAUCUUCAUUUUUACGGUGUCUUUGACGGCCAUGGCUGCUCUCAUGUUGCGGAGAAGUGUAGAGAAAGGUUGCAUGAUAUUGUGAAAGAGGAGGUUGAGGUUAUGGCUUCUGAGGAAGUGUGGAAGGAGACGAUGACGAAGUGUUUUAAAAAAAUGGACAAAGAAGUUAGCCAACGAGAGUGUAACUUAGUUGUUACUGGUGCAAAUCGUAAGAACUCUUGUAGAUGUGAAUUGCAGUCUCCUCAGUGUGAUGCUGUUGGAUCUACCGCUGUUGUCUCUGUCGUUACUCCGGAGAAGAUCGUUGUCUCUAACUGCGGCGACUCUCGUGCCGUGCUUUGCCGUAACGGUGUGGCUAUACCACUCUCCGUUGAUCACAAGCCGGAUCGACCCGAUGAAUUGAUUCGGAUCCAAAAAGCGGGUGGGCGGGUUAUUUAUUGGGAUGGAGCUAGGGUUCUUGGAGUUCUUGCGAUGUCUAGAGCUAUUGGCGAUAAUUACUUGAAACCGUAUGUGAUUCCGGAUCCGGAGGUAACAGUGACGGAUCGAACAGAUGAAGAUGAGUGUUUGAUCUUGGCAAGUGAUGGACUAUGGGACGUUGUGCCUAAUGAGACGGCUUGUGGAGUGGCUCGCAUGUGCCUUCGAGGUGCUGAUUCGGUGGAUGGUGAGGACUCUCACAACGCGUGUUCAGACGCGGCUUUGCUAUUGACGAAGUUGGCUUUAGCGAGACAGAGCUCCGAUAACGUGAGCGUCGUGGUGGUUGACUUGAGAAAGAGGAGGAAUAAGUAAUAAUCAGUCGUCGUCGUCUUAAUUAAUUAGUGCUUUAAUUGUGGGAGUAGUAAUUAGUAUUAGACGAAAUUGUUACAUAAGGCCUAAUUGUAAUUUUUAUUCGUUUCUAUUUUCUUUAGAUUUUCUUUUUUUACUCAUUUAAGGUUAUUUUUUAAACGGUUCUUAAUUCAGGCUGGGGAAGAAAAAGAGCUGUUUAAGGGAAAUUGCGUAUUUUAUAUUUUUUUAAUAAAUAUCUUUGGGUUAAGUCAUUUAGUCGUAUACUCCGUAAACGUGUAAUGUUUUCUUUAGGCAUCGUACGUAUGAUGUGUAAACACUAAACAGUAAUACGUUAAGUUGUACUAAGAAAACUUCUUGUUGUUGA